GGGGGACCUGGACGAAAAAUUGGGAACGGGACCAAAUGAUGACACUGAAAGUAGUAGCUCUAGUACCGUACCAUCCGGCGCCAGCAGUCGCGCUGGUCGGAGCCGCACGAUAUCAAAUCCACCUCAAAGUAGCGAUGCGCUUUCCUCCUCUGCAGUCGGCUCGUUUAACUCUGUGGCCGCGGAGUCCUGGCAGGGCCAGUCUAUCAAAUGCAAAUAUGUCUGGGUCUGGAAGAGAGUAACCUGUGAUGCGGAUUCUGGAAUAGGCAAAAACUUGUAUAAAUGCAUGAGCGCCAUCAAAAGCUGCCCACUUCUCGCUACCGCAAGGAGGGAACUUCUCAUGCGGGAUAGGCAUCCGGAGGCCUCCUGGGCAGAACGUGUAAUGCUCUUGCGUGCAUUUUUAGAGACCAGUUGCGUGGUCCGAAAGAUGCAUGACAAACUCCGGCACUCAUCCAGACCCAGACAUAUUUGCAUUUGAUACAGUCGCUGUUGAGUCGACUUCCCUCUCCGCCGUCCGCAGUAGACAACAACCACGGUGCAGCUUCUACUACAACGACGAAUCAGCAGGAGGAAGAAAAUGCGGCGCAACUACGGAAUGUUGCGACGCCUGCAUUAUACGACUCUCGGGCGGAAGAUGAGCAACCACUUGCCCCAGCAGAAGGACUGGUCGCAGAGCAGCAGGCGAGGCACCGCCGCGAGAAGUUGGCGCGGGAGAAGAAUUAUGCAUUGCAAAAGUAUCGUACUCGUAGUAAUUGCAUUUAUGCAAUACAAACCUCUUCCCCAAGGCAAAUCAGCAUUACAUAUUAAAUUUGUAAUGCUGGGCUAAUUUGUCAUGCUUACUAGUACGAUGCUUUUGCAUUGCAUAAGGAUUUGCUGAGAAAUCGCAUGUUCCGGGAUUUUAUCAAACGCAAAUAUGUCUGGGUCUGGAAGGUCGCAAGACUUGUCAUGCAGGUUUUCCAUGACGCAUGAGAUCUGUCAUGUAUGAUCUAGCAUGACAGAUUCUGCGCGACCUCUAUCAUGCCUCGCCUGCGUGAGAAACUGCCUCUCAACCUGGUCAAAAGUGGGCAGCUUUUGGUAAUCACGCAACACAGAUUUUUGCACUAUCCAGAAUUAGCAUGACAAGUUCGGACCCUUCCAGAGGACCCAGACAUGUUUGCACUGGAUAGAUUUUACAACGCAGAUUCCGGUGCAGGCGGCAGACUACAUUUCGGUGGCGGACUUUGCGCAGGCGUUCGGGGUGAGCAAUGAGCAGGCUUUCCUGACGAUCUACAGAGCAGUAUCCUGAGUAAAAACGUCCCCACACCAGAGUUGUCAUGCAGAUUUGCAAUGACAAAAACAUUUGUAAUGCGCAUCGCCAGGAGAGGCAUUUUUAGUCGUGUUUUGAUAUUUGUAAUGCUGUAAACAGGAUGAGCAGAUGGAUUUCUGAUGCAGCUGGCCUUGCGAACCUGCACUACACUACGGACUGCAACUUGUGAUGCGUGACCCCCAAAAGUUCUAGGUUUGUGUUGCAAAAUCCCCAUCUUGACUCUGGUGUGGGGAUGUUUUUACUCAGGAUAAGCAGCACUCGAGCGGUGUGCGGAACCGGGGCGGCACGACGGUAUCCUGUGUAAAAACAUCCCCACACCAUAGUCAAGAUGAGAAGUCUGCAAGACAAAUCCCAAAGUUUUGGGAGUUCUGCAUGACAAAUCUGGCCUCAUAGUGUAAUACUGUUUAGCUAGUUAAGCAGCAUCACAGAUGUAGCACAUCAUGCCGAUUGGAGCAUGACAAAUUGCGAAACACGACUAAAAAUUCCUCUCAUGGGGCUCCGCAUGAGAAGCAUUGUUACCGUGCAGAUUUGCAUGACAACUCUGGGGUGGGGACUUUUUUACAUAGGAUAGACGGGGGCAGUGAUUCAGCGUGUUGUUCCGAGAGGACACAUCCGGGAACAACCUCCACCAAGAAAGCAUGUCCCGCGCACCAGCCGCCUUGCGUUUUUGCCCGUCGCAAUGAUGUGUACAGGAAAGCCGUGCGGGAUCUUUUCCAACAAAAAUUGCGCAGCGACCAAAGUGCAAAUAUUCAUCUCGAUGUGGAUGCCCGGCGCCGGACGAGAAAAGCAAAACUAUGGAACAGCCAAGCAACUACUUCUACCUCCAGACCAGAACAGCACGAGAGGAGGCCGGUAGAGACUACUCCUGGGAGCCGCUUAGGUGUGGUUGAGAAAGACGCCCCGCGUCGUAGGAAAAAGAACAAACAGGAAAGGGUUCUAGAACUCAUGAAACAGAGGCU